ACGGUCAUAUUUCCAAUAUUGAAACAUUUCCUGCCAGAUUCUGUUCUUCUCCCUCCAAUUUAUCACCAAAACUCACAAUUCAAUGAAAAAAUUGAUUACUUCUCCUAUCAAAUACUUAGAAAGAAAAAGAUCCAAGAAAAUGGAUAAUUCUAAGAACAUCAUCACUCCAUCAUCACCCAUUGUCUCUGCUUCAGGAAACAAUGAAAAUGAGAGUGAAAACCAACGAAAUUCACAGCAAAAAACCAAGAAUUUCAUGGCACCCACAUUUUCUACUGCUUCAAAGAUUCUCAAUCCCAAGAAGAAGAUCUUAUCAGAGUGGAAACCACCAAAUCCCGAUUCGAUAUCGAGUAAAGUCUCAUCAUUUGAUUCGGCUGAGAAUGAUUUGGGUAAAAAUUCUGACAAUUACAAUGAAGAUGAAACCUUUGUUCCUGAUUCUUCAACAACACCUUAUGAUCCAGUCACCAAUUAUCUCUCUCCUCGGCCUAAAUUCCUUCGAUACAACCCGAAUCGAAAGCGUAGAAUUGUUCCUUUAACUCUUAGUCCUAGCGUUUCUUCUGAUUCUCAGUCUUCUUUUAGUGCAGAAAGUUCUAGGAAGAAACAAAAAUGUGAACAAGAAAUAAUGGAGGAGGAUAUGGAGGAAGAAGAGGUGAUUGAAGAGCAAGAUUGGGGGUUAAAAUGGGUAUUAUUCAAAAGUUUGAUUGUGUUUUUUGUGUUGGUUAUUUCUACCAUGUAUAUAUCUUCAAUGAAUUCUCCUUCACCUUUGUUAGAUAGUUUGAAUGGGAUGAAAGUUGAAUCUCAAGAUUUUGGUAACAUAACUUUUGGGGUUGUUUUAUUGAGAAAUCUUGAUUAUGAGAGUUGGGUUUCUGAUGAAUUUGGUGAAAAAGUUGAAAUUCUAGAUAAAUUUGAAGGUGGGCAAGAACAAAAUCAAGUAAUACCCUUUAUUUGUCCUCCUGAAAUUGCUAAAUCGAAAGAGGAGAAUUUGGUUUCUUGGUUGAAUUCUGAGAAAAUUAGGGUUUUAGAUGAUGUUUUUACUGACCCAGUUGUGGAAAGUGUGAAAAAUGAAACAGCCAUUGUUGCUGCAACAAAAUAUGAGGGAAUUGAAGUAAAAAGCUUUGUUUUUGAAUCUCCAAUGGUUGCUCAAGAAGAAAAAUUUGUUGAUUCUGAAGAAAAGAUUCAUGUUUUAGCAAAAAAAGAGGUAAAAAACGUUGCUGGAGAUUCAUUUAAUGUGUCUGAUCAGAAAAAUGAGGGAAAUCAUGAAAGUCAGAUGGAUAAUUUUGGGCCAAAAUCUGAGUAUGAGGUAGAGGAAGUUCCUGAACCUGAAGACUUUGGGGAAGGACAGUUAGCUGAAAAUGUGAAGAAACCAUUUUAUCUAACACCAACACAAUUUUAUUUGAUUUUUGGAUUACUUCUUGUGUUUGCUGUGUCUUGUGUGUUAAGAUAUUUUGACAUGACCAAUAAGGUUCUUUCAAUAUGGAUUUCUGUUUUUACAAGAUUAAAUUCUGGACGUCAGAAUGAUACUGAGAUUGAGAUGGCUCCUCUUAGAACGAUUAAUGAGAGUGAGAGGACUCCUCCUAGAACGAUUCCGACCGCGAGGCCAAUGGGAAACCAGGUGCCUUCGUCUUCUACUUCAGAGUUACAUACAAGUUCAAGCAAUAUUUCUGAGGAAAGGACUGCUAGGCAAGAGGAUGGCAGCCAGCUGCGGAGGUCGCAAAGACUCCAGAACCGCGGAUUUAGAUCUCUAUGAACCAGAAAAACAGCAGCAAUACAGCAUCAUAUUUCAGUGUUUUUCGUGCUGAAAUUAGUUUAAGAUAGUCUGAACUCUCCAACAUUUGACAAAAUUAGGUACACUUUAGUAAGUUGGAGGUUACUUUUUUUAUAUAUAGUGUAAGAAAUUAAAGGAAAUAUUAGUUUUAGAUCUAAAAAUGAUCAUGUUCCAUACUAUAAAAUGCUAUUAUUCUGUUAUGAUAGUGACUAACCUCUGUUUCCCUUUUCAAUUAACUUCUGUGCAUUGGCCUACUAAUCUUAUCUCUUUGUUUUUCUUUUUGAA